GCCUUCGAUUGCAUCCAUCACGACGAUCAUCGCCAUACAAUGCCGCCCGCUAAGCAGACGGCGAUGGCGGCUGGUGGCGACGAUGAAGACGAGGAUCCAUCUCAGCUUCACGUCGAUGGUAUGUCCUCAUCUAGGACUACUAACAGCAGAGAGAAGCUGAGGUUGUGCCAGCAAAUCGUCGCUGACCAUUUUGGUCCGGUAGCAGAGCAAGUCUCGUCAGUCCUCCUACAACGCGGUCGCCUCUCUCUCAAUGAUAUUGAGCGCUUCCUCCGCGUACCACCGGGCACAGUAGCAGCAGGCUCGUCUUCUUUAGCCUCUACGUCGUCGCCCAAUGCGCCUCAACUUUCGCGAUCCCAGAUUCUGCACACGCUCAUCGUCCUUGUUCAGCACAACAUCCUCUACCACAUCCGCCUCGACGCCGACGGCUCCUUCAUUGAAGACGUCGACCAGCCGGGAGGCGUCGAGUACUUCGUCAUCAACACCGAGAUUAUCCUCGCUCGCAGCCGCUUCGGUAUCUUCAUGGAGACGGCAGAGUCGCAAUGGGGCUAUGAGGGACUUGAGAUCGUCUCGCAGGUCCUUCAACAUGGCAAAAUACAGGUCGCCGAUCUUCUCAAGCAGAUGCCGUCCACCUCGGCGGCUACAAGGCCACUCAUUACCCAUCUCCUCUUGUCCUCCUACCUCGUCACGUCCACACAGAUCGCCCACUGGUCCCCACAUGACAUGCGCAUCGCAUACAACUUGCAAGCGACCAAGGCCUUCAAGGGAAUCCCCAGUCAGAAGGAGAAGCAGGGGAUCGCGGCCGGCGUCAGCGAAAGGAUUCUCAAAGAGAGGCGAAAAGCGGCGUCAACGGGCUGUAUACCGCGAACAAAGGACCAUUGGUACGAGCUCAAGGCGUCCAAGAGCGGCAGUAAAAGUCGAGCAAAGGCUUCUUCGUCCUCAUCGGCGGCCGCGGCGGGCAAGAAGCGCAGAAAAAAUCUCGCCCUUGAGGAUCCUUCAGACGAUAGCGAAACCGAAGCCAGUAGCAAUCGCGGCAAAAAGGCCAACGGCAGCAGCAGCAAACGGUCUAGAGAUGCCAACGGCAGCAAGGUGGACUCGGUCUUGCUCAACCCUCACCCCGCCGUCAACGGCAGUGACUCUCAUGCUCGGCCAGCCUGGAUGGAUGCCCUCAGCGACGCACAGCAAUCUUAUCUCGACGAAUGGAUUGUGGACGACUCCGCCUUCGUCCGCCUCAAUUACGACCGCUUCGACGUACACAUCCGCAACGAGCUGCUCUGCUCCCUUGUAGAGAAGCACUACAACGAGUCGGCUGCAAAAGUCUACAUGGCCAUCGUCGAAGCGGCAGACGCACGCUCGCUCGAGUCGUCGAGCGGCGUAGACGGAGUCGUACCUGCGCCCAGCGUAAGCGACUCGGUCAGCUUGGGUGUAAGCCUCACGCGCCUCUCCUCCACUCUCAAUAUACCCUCUUCGGUACUAGCGGUGGGCUUCGACGCGACGAUGCUCACAAACCUAUCCCACGCCGAGCCGGGCAAAAAGCCCGUCAAGCACGACUUCCUACUAGAGUACGUUGCGCUCCUCCUGCGUGCGGAGGACACUCUAGUCCAGAGCAGCCGCAAGCCAUCAGACCUUUCCGCCGCCACUCGGUUCCUCGUCCCUGGCGUAGAGUCAAAUGGAAACUCUUCCUCGUCGGGCGGUGGCCUCAGUACAUUCACAGGUGCCCGCAUCCCCAAUGCAGUCUCAAUCGACUAUUCCUCUGCCGGUCGCAAGCUCAAGUGGCAUCUGCUGCGCAAGACGGUCGAAUCCACACUUGGGGAGACGGAGGCGCGCGUUCUGGGCGUGUUGCGACGCGAGGGAAAGUUGGAGGAGAAGCACAUCUCCAAGCUGGCGCUCUGUGCCCUUGGUGAGGCAAGGGAAGCCUGCGCGAGGCUCUUUGGUCAGGGCAUCGUUUCUCUUCAGGAGGUGCCCAAGUCCGCCGACCGAAAUCCUCAGCGCACCUUUUUCCUUUACUUCCUGGACUAUCCACGUGCUCUGGCCUGGCUUGGCGAUCAUCUUGCCAAGACGCAAGCGCGCCUUGCGCAGAGGCGCAACGUUGAGAGGGGUAGGGAGAGGACUCUGCUUGCGAAGAUCGAAAGGACGGAUGUGAGAGACGAGGGGGUAGAGAAUGUACUGAGCGAGGUGGAGAGGGAGAGGCUGGACAAUGUGAAGGAGAGGCUCAUCGUGCUUACUGGGGAGGAGAUGAGAGUUAUGAGGGAGGCGUGGAUCCUAGCUAGGAUGAGGGGCUAGCGCCUCCACGCGAUGCUCGCGAUUUCAACGACGUCUAACCUUCAUUAAUUCACGACGAGAUUACAUUCAGCAAAGACGAUGACGCACGACAUUCUUCCGUUGUAUCAGAACCCGCAGCAACACCCUGUCACGCCCCACCCCCCUCCAACAACCCUGC